AUGCCUAGAGACAAAUAUGACAAGUACGACUCUCCUAAUCCUCGACGGACUCAUACAUUCAUGUCUGCCGAAGAUGUAGCGGCAGGAAAAAAGUCCACAUGGACUGAAUUAGAAAUUACUGGAACUGUGAGAAACCUGGGUCCAGAUUUAUGGAAACUACAGCAUUUGACCUCUCUGUACCUAAAUCUAAACAGCAUUACAAGAAUCCCUCCAGAAAUAAACAGGUUGACUAUGCUGACCUACUUAGAUUUGUCCAGUAACAAACUGAGGAGCUUGCCGUCUGAGCUUGGUGACCUUUCUCAACUCAGGGAACUUCUGCUCAACAACAACCUGAUCAGGAUGCUACCGUUUGAGCUUGGAAAGCUGUUUAAUUUACAGACAUUAGGUUUGAAGGGGAACCCAUUGAGUCCAGAGAUUCUCAAUAUCUAUAACCAGCCAAAUGGAACACAAAAGCUUCUCAGCUAUAUGUUGGACAAUUUACCUGCACCAGGACAAGGCUGUGAGUAUCAUUCAUCAUUUUUCUUUGUUGUUGUACGAGCUGGGUCAGCACCAAUGAAUGAGUUAGUGGAGAAGAUCAGGGGCAGAUAA